AUGUCUCCAUACAUCUCACCCCACCCACCAUCCCACCAGGUGCAUGUGAUGUCGGCCAUGCUCAGCCUCGCCAUGCUCAACAACAGAGUGCUCGUGGAGGACCCCGACACCUACCUGCGCGCCCGCACGCCCGACUGUGAAGCCGUGGGGCACAACAGCAGGUGGGACUGCUACUUCUUCCCCAUCACCUCAGUGGAGUGUCGCCGAGUGGCCGUGCAGCAGCUUGUCACCAACACGCUCCCCGACUGCGCCGGGAUGGGCUUUGAGGCCGCUGCUGCCUCGCCCGAUCGCUUUGUGUGCAUCGGCAUGGCGAAUUCUAUGGAGUCCUCUGCUGCUAGCCUGUGGGGCGACGCGUAUCUCAACAGCACGUGCACGGUGGAGGCAGAGGGGCGACUCAUGCCUCUUGACCCUGAACUCCGCAAGGUGCACUGGUGGCGGGCGCAGGCGGUGCGGUUCAUCAUGCGGUGGCCAUCAGCCCAUCUCUGCCACGUCACCAACCAGGAGAGGCACCGCGCCUUCGGCACGCUCGCAGCCAAUCACGUCGCUCGCUUCCUUCAAACCCAAUCAGAAGCCCUCUCCUCCCUCUCUCACAGCACCGCCUCUGCUGCUUCUGCCACCUCUGCGGCCACCUCUGCUGCACCUACCGCACUCAACGUCCCAACUAAUGCAACUGACUGGGAAGCAAGAAAGAGAAGAGCAGCAGAACGGUUGGCGGCCCUUGCAGGUUCCUCCUCCUUGUCUUUCCACGCAGACGCCACAGGCAGUGCCACAGGGGGGUCUGGUGAGAGUGACAGCGGCUCGGAUGCCAGCUGGUCGUUGGGAGUGCAGGAGCCGUACAUGCCGCGGCCGAUAGUAAGUCUGCAUGUAAGGGGUACGGACAAGUUUGCAGAGAUGGGGCUGACCUCCCUCGACUCCCACCUCUUCCACAUGAAUCGUCUCCGCCACCACGGGCUUGACCUCUCCCACGUCUGGCUCAACACUGAGACUCAGGCCAAUGUGGACCGAGCAGCAGAUCAGCCCUCGUGGAGUUUCUUCUACUCGUCAAACGCACGGCAGCAGGGCGCAGCAGGAUCGCUGCGGCAGUACGAGCGGGAUCAAUCUGUGGCAGUGAGCUUUGCGAGCGUGCUGAUCGCUGCGCAGUGUGAUUACUUCGUCGGCAGCCUCGGCUCCAACUGGAGUCGCCUCAUGAAUGAACUCCGCUCCACCAAUGGCAGAUUGCUGGCUGGAUUUGUGGCCGUCAAUUUUGGAGAAUGGUGA